AUGCGAUUCGCCUAUUUCCGCCUCCAGCAAGGUGCACUUCACGUACACCAACACUUACAUCACGUCGGAAGUCUCCAGCACCAACCAACUGCAGUUUUAUGUCAACAACCAGCGGUCCUUGAGCUUAAUGCAGAAGCCCACGGGUCCUACAACGGGCAACGUUGGCGGAGCCCUGCACGGUCUCUGGUAUUCCGACCACAUGUUGCAUAUCUCCGAUCGCCGACUGAAGAAGAGUAUCCACCCCCUGGCCACGGGCCUAGACGAGAGGGCAUCCGCCGCAGGCACCGUGGCUCGCAACGGCGCAUCUUCGCGAAGAGUGAUUUCAGCCAGCUUGGCUUGGUCACAGGAGUUGUCGCCAGUGACGGUCAAGGAGCUGUCAGCUUCCGAGAGUGA